GCGCGGACGGGUAGGGUGUGUCGCGCGCUCCGUUGUCGCCACAUUCACGCGCCACUUGACAGCUGUGCCGUGUUCUAUAAUGACAAUAGUGUAUAACUGUGGAACGUAGUGGAUGUUACUGCAAUUGUACUUGGUGUGCGAUGCUGACAAGUACUAGUGUGUGAGUGAGAUGGCGCUACUGGUGCUGCUCGUGUCGUUGGUGUGUGCGGCGCGGGCGCAGUACUCGCCGACAUGGGCGGUGCACGUGCCCGGGGGGAGGGAGGUGGCGGACACAGUCGCUGCGGACCACGGCUUCGUCAAUUUGGGAGAGAUAUUCUCGGAGCACUACCACUUCUUACACCACUCGGUGGCGCGGCGCAGUAUAGAGCCGGCGCACGCGCAUCACGGCAGGCUAGAAGCUGACACAAGGGUGCGGUGGGCGCGCCAGCAGAAGAUACUGUCGAGGAAGAAACGAGACUUCCUGACGACAGCUGAAACCCAGCCGACGUCGUCCACAAAAAGAGAAGCAGGGAGCAAGCGGGACCUGCCCUACUCCAGAGUCAAGGGUCGGCCCAGAUCAGCUGACUCCAAGUUCCAAUUGAACGAUCCCAAGUGGCCUCACAUGUGGUAUCUGAACCGUGGCGGCGGCUUGGACAUGAACGUGAUCCCGGCAUGGCGGGAAGGCAUCACGGGCCGCGGCGUCGUUGUCACCAUCCUCGACGAUGGGCUGGAGACAGACCAUCCUGAUCUCGUCAUGAACUAUGAUCCCAUGGCAUCAUACGACGUGAACUCCCACGACUCCGAUCCUCAGCCGCGGUACGAUCUCAUCGACUCCAACCGCCACGGCACGAGGUGUGCUGGAGAAGUAGCUGCAACUGCCAACAACUCCCUUUGCGCUGUUGGCGUCGCGUUUGGUGCUAGAGUUGGAGGUGUCCGUAUGUUAGACGGCGACGUGACGGAUGCCGUCGAAGCUCGUUCACUCAGCCUCAACCCGCAGCACGUGGACAUCUAUAGCGCGUCGUGGGGGCCUGAUGAUGAUGGGAAGACGGUGGACGGACCGGGGGAGCUGGCGCAGAGGGCCUUCAUUGAGGGGGUUACUAAGGGUCGCAACGGCAAAGGCUCAAUAUUCGUGUGGGCCUCCGGCAACGGUGGUAGAGAGCACGACAACUGCAACUGCGACGGCUACACCAACUCCAUUUGGACGCUGUCCAUCUCGUCGGCGACGGAGCGCGGGGAAGUCCCGUGGUACUCCGAGAUGUGCUCAUCCACGCUCGCGGCUACGUACAGCAGCGGCGCUACCAAUGAGAAGCAGGUUGUAACAACAGACUUGCAUCACUCAUGUACAAUCGGCCACACUGGGACAUCGGCGUCCGCGCCGCUGGCCGCUGGCAUAUGCGCGCUGGCGCUGCAAGCUAACAACGACCUGACUUGGAGGGACAUGCAGCAUAUAGUGGUGCGGACAGCGCGACCUGAGCGGCUCAGUCUCGGCGGUGAAUGGAGAACGAACGGCGUCGGUCGGAACGUGUCUCAUUCGUUCGGCUACGGGCUGCUGGACGCCGCGGGCAUGGUGCGCCUGGCCAGGACGUGGAGGACGGUGCCACAGCAGAGGAUCUGUACCAUCACCGCACAGAGGCUGCCGAGGUCGAUUCCGCCGCGGUCCUCUAUUACCGUCCAGCUGGACGUCGGAGCGUGUGCUGGAGUGAACUACUUGGAGCACGUGCAAGCGCGCGUGUCGCUGUCCGCGGCGCGUCGCGGCGACCUGCGGAUAGCGCUCACGUCGCCCGCCGGGACGCGCGUCACGCUCCUCGCGCCCAGGCCGCACGACUCGUCGCGCGCCGGCUUCAACGUGUGGCCGUUCAUGUCGGUGCACAUGUGGGGCGAGUCUCCUCUCGGCACCUGGCAGCUGGAGGUCUCCAACGAGGGCCGGUACAUGGGUCGGGCGACGCUCCAAGACUGGUCGCUAUCGUUAUACGGCACAAGCACGCCCGCCGCUAAAAACGAUCCCGUGCCUUUUAAAAAUCCGAUACUACGAAGUCGGAGCAACGCGUCGCGGCCCGUAGUGGUCCAAACGGGGAGAAAAGGCAGCAAGGGGAAGCAGAUUCCCAUCGUUCCAACGUACACUGUCGGCCUCGUGAAGAGGAAAAAGAAUAAGAACUCCAAGAAUCCAAAGAGGCCGAAGCAGCGGCCUGCGACGAGGUCGCCGAUAGAGAGCUCGACGGCUCGAGUCACGACCCCCGACCUCAGCCUCAAUCUCCGGGGGGACAUCAAAGACCCCCUCGCCGACGUCAGGGGCCGGAAAAUGUCGAACCUUUUCGAGAAGUAUCCGAAAAUACAAAGGAUAUACCCGGCGCCGCUGCAGGCCAACGCGGGUCCCAUAAAGCUAUGGGAGCUCACAUUCUACGGUACUGAGACGCCCCCGCAAGAAGAAGAUGCGGUGCCCGAGUCGCCCCCCGUGCCCCUAGGGUACACCCCGGGGGCAGGCUCCACGUGGGAGUCUGGCAAAAUGCCAGGCACCUCGGAGGAGACGCGCCAGAACACCAUAGAUGAUGAUCUGUCGCUGAUCUGGCAUAGCACGAUUCGUGACGACGCCGCCGUGGGCGGCGCGCACCGCGACGGCGCGAGCGGCUGCGCGACGCAAGACACCGCGCACCGCUGCAUAGAAUGCGCGAAGGGUUUGCACUUGUACGACGGUAGGUGCUACCAGCGUUGCCCGGGGGGGACGUACGCGAGCGAGAUUUUGAUGGAGCGGAGCUCGCGGCGGCGGAAUCUGACGCUGCUGGAGGCGGGCUUGAUGAAGCGGGGGGACGCGCGUCCGACGGCCAUCGAGGCCCUGGACAUGGAGGUCCCCGGGAACUUCUCCAAGGCGCCGUUGAUCUGUCUGCCGUGUCACUACUCGUGCGUGACCUGCUCGGGGCCCCACAAUAGCCAGUGCACGUCGUGCGCGGACGACGCGGCCCUUUUUAAUUUAACGGACGUUGAGCCCAAAUUCUACUGCUAUCCCAACGUUGUAGUGGCGCAAAUCAACAACGCCAACUACAACUUAUUCACGACGGUGGCGCUCGCGGUCACCACGGUGCUCCUCAUAGCCGGCUUCGUUAUAACGUGCAUCUUCAAACGUAUGAGUAUAUGCUGCUACAGCAACUACUACGACUCGAAUAUUAACGUAGCGUACAAUAAGCUGUCCACGGACGAGAAGCAGCAGAGUGCUGUUGAGGUGGAGCAAGAGAUACAUAAGGCCUUAAAGAGUUAUAGCGACUCCGAGUCUGAGGAGGAUUAUUAGGUUGCGUCCAGAUGACUGUGACAGCUCCGUGACCGUGACAUUUCAGUACUGAAGAUGUGUACGACGUAAAGCUUGUGUAACUAGAAAUAAGCCUACUUCACAAGUCAAUAUAAAUGGGAAAUGAAAUUUUAUACUGCAAACACGUGACAGGGGUAAUUUUAAGUUGGACAAGCUUCAUUCAUCGAUCUCAGAGUAGGAUGGACUGGUCACAGAGUCACGUUUAUAUGGACCUUGACAUUUUCUGUCUGAUCAAAACGAUGCAGGGCAAUUUGUGAUAAAAAUCGAAUGUCACAACUUUAUGUGAUAGGAUAACGAAUAUUCUCAGUCGACGUGUCAAAAAUAAAUGGUCAAAAUCGUAAUGUACCUUGUAAAAUAAUAAUCACCCAUAAUAUUUAAUUAUUAUUAGAAAUGUUCGGCACUGACUGUAUCGGCUGUAACAGACGUGGAAAAUAAAUAUAGGUAUUAAUAUAACCCAAAGACCUCGUUCAAAAUUUCCUCUCUUUGUAAUUCUGAUGAGCUUUUAAAAUGUAGAUAACCUUUUCGACUAUUUCGUCUGUUACUUCAUUAUAUUAUUGAAAUUGAAUCAGAUCGAGUUUGUUUUCAAUAAUUAAAUGUAUUCAAUCAUUACUCGCUUUACAAAAUGAAUAAAAUAAAAUAAUUAAAACUUAUCAUUUAAUUGCAAUAAUAAUUUAAUAUCCGAAAACAGUAUGUUUUAUCGAAUUCGCUUUUUUUUCUUUUUUAUCUUUUUUCUUUAUUAGUCAGUAAGUAAUUUUAAUCAAUGCAUAAUAUUUUACUUAAGUUCACCUUGCUCAAGAUGCCAUUAUUGUUAGGUAAGUAUGAGCUUAUUAGUGUAAAUAUGAAAA